CUCAAGAGUCAAAUGUUCCUCCCUUUAAGACACAUGAAAACUAAAGCUCAAUAUUGUUCAUAUACUGUAUAUUUGUAUUUGUAGAGUGUAGAUCACAACAUAUGGACGCCUAAUUUAGAUAAAAAUCAUACAUAAUGUUUUUGUCUGGACGGUGACAAAACACGUACAACGUCUAGAAGAGUUACUUGCACUUAUUGAAAACCAAACCUGGGAGUUAGUUAAGCUACCUCCAGGGAAGAAGGCAAUUGGAUGUAGGUGGGUAUACAAAAUUAAACUCAAACCAGAUGGAAGUGUUGAAAGAUUCAAGGCCAGAUUAGUGGCAAAGGGUUUUACUCAAGUUUAUGGAGUUGAUUUUCUGGAUACCUUCUCACCAGUUGCCAAGAACAAUUCAGUCAAAACACUGCUUGCAGUUGCUGCAGCAAAGAACUGGUGUUUACAUCAGUUAGAUGUUUCUAAUGCAUUUUUGCAUGGGGACUUGGAAGAAGAUGUGUACAUGCAGUUGCCAUCAGGAUUUCCAGUGGAUGAAGGUUCUGAGGGCAUGGUUUGUAAACUCAAGAAGUCAUUAUAUGGCUUGAAACAAGCCAGUAGGCAGUGGUUUGCCAAGCUUACUGGAUCUCUUUUGAAGAAUAGAUUCUCACAGUCCUCAUCUGAUUAUUCUAUGUUUGUUAAGAGGGUUCAGGGAAGGAUUGUGAUUGUCCUAGUCUAUGUUGAUGACAUAAUACUUGCAGGUCCCAGAUUAGGUGAUUUGGAGGCAGUCAAGUUGUUCCUGAAAAGGGAUUUUAAGAUCAAGGAUCUUGGAAGUUUGAAAUACUUCCUGGGAUUGGAAGUGACAAGGAAUUCUAGUGGGAUUUCAGUCUCACAAAGAAAGUAUUGCAUGGAUUUGCUUGCAGAAACAGGGUUAUUGGAUGCUAAGAGUUGUAAAAGUCCUCUUGACUGCAAGGUCAAAUUGAGUGCAACUAAAGGAACACUGCUGCCAGAUCCAAGUGUGUACAAGAGACUGGUAGGCAGAUUACACUAUUUGACAGUGACCAGACCAGACAUUGCUUUUCUAGUUCAGCAGCUGUGUCAAUACCAAAUACAACCAAGAGACACUCAUUUACAGGCUGCUUACAGAGUUUUGAGAUAUUUGAAGGGAGCACCAGGUCAGGGUUUGCAUUUUAAAUCAAACAAUGACCUGGUUUUGAAGGCUUAUAGUGAUGCUGAUUGUGCAGCAUGUCCUGAUACAAGGAGAUCCAUUUCUGGUUACUGCACUUUCCUAGGUGGAUCUCUGAUUGCAUGGAGAGCAAAGAAGCAAACUACAGUGUCUAGGUCUUCGUCUGAAGCUGAGUAUAGAGCAUUAGCUCAUCUUGUGUGUGAGAUACAGUGGCUCAAAGGGCUGCUUGCAGAACUGGAUGUGAAGAUUCAAACACCAGUCCUGGUUUAUUGUGAUAACAUGUCUGCAAUUCAGAUUGCAGAAAACCCAGUUUAUCAUGAGAGGACAAAACACAUCGAAAUCGAUGUUCAUGUUACUAGAGAAAGGAUCAAGUCUGGACUUAUCAAAUUGAAGUUUGUAAGAAGUGAAGAUCAACUUGCUGAUUUGUUUACUAAAGGCCUAAGUCGAUACAGGUUAAGUUACUUGUUGGACAAGUUGGGCGUAUUAAACAUAUACGCGCCAACUUGUGGGGGCGUGAUGAAGUUCAAGGGCAUCGUUGAUUUGAAUCAACAAGAAGAAGAAGUCCAGAAUUCCAAAGGAAAGCAGAAACUGAUGUUUGCAGAAGAAGAAGAACGUUGGAGUUGAAGUUCUUGGAGAAGAAACGUUUCAUGUUGGAAACGUCUGAGCUGAACGCAGCGUUUGGUUUUGUUAUUGAUGUUAGUUAUUUACAGAACAAUAGAAUAGUGACACCUAG